AUGGGUUUGUCUCUGCUCUCUCCGCUUCCUCUGCUCCACUCAUUCUCUCCGACAAAAUCCACCGCCUCUAGAAUCAUAGCCACGCCGUCUAGACUCCGCUUGUGCACCAUCAAAGCGACGUCGGAGAAAGGAAGUGAGGAAGAUCCAUCUUUCAAUCCAUUUGGCUUCGUUACGGACAAUCCAUCUAGCAGGAGCGCAAUUCAGCUGCCGGAGUCUCCGGCUGAAGACGGUAACGUCGGUCAGAUUCUCUACAGGACUGAAGAUAAGGGAAGAGAGUUUGGUUCCACCAUCAAAUCUGGGAAGCUUAGAUGGUUUGUCAGAGAAACUGGAUCAAAGGAGAGUCGUCGAGGAACAGUUGUGUUUCUUCAUGGAGCUCCAACUCAGUCUUUUAGUUACCGUACUGUCAUGUCUGAGAUGUCAGAAGCUGGGUUUCAUUGCUAUGCACCUGAUUGGAUAGGAUUCGGAUUCAGUGACAAACCUCAGCCAGGAUAUGGUUUUAAUUACACAGGUUUGUUGAUUUGCAAUAUGGAAUCAAGUAGACAUGGUUCUUUGUUGCCUCUAAUAAGUUUCAAAAAGUAUUUGUCAGAGAAAGAGUACCAUGAGGCGUUUGAUAAACUGCUUGACGUGCUAGAGAUCAAAUCUCCUUUCUUUCUCGUUGUUCAGGGCUUUCUUGUAGGCUCUUACGGUUUAACAUGGGCAUUGAAAAAUCCAAGCAAGGUCGAGAAAAUUGCGAUUCUUAAUACUCCAUUGACCGUUUCAUCCCCAGUUCCUGGAUUGUUUAAGCAGCUGAGGAUUCCUCUCUUUGGUGAAUUCACGUGCCAAAAUGCUAUCUUGGCCGAGCGGUUCAUUGAAGGAGGUAGCCCCUACGUCUUGAAGAAUGAGAAAGCUGAUGUCUAUCGUCUACCAUAUUUGUCAAGCGGAGGGCCUGGCUUUGCCUUGCUAGAGACUGCUAAAAAGAUCAACUUCGGAGACACCUUGGGUCAGAUUGCAAAUGGGUUUUCAUCAGGAAGCUGGGACAAGCCUACGCUUCUGGCUUGGGGAAUAGCUGAUAAGUACCUGUCUCAGUCUAUAGCUGAGGAGUUUGAGAAACUGAACCCUCAACACGUCAAGCUUCGACUAAUUGAAGGCGCUGGCCAUUUGCCUCAGGAAGACUGGCCAGAGAAAGUAGUUGCUGCUCUCCGAUCAUUUUUCUAA